AUGGACGAUAGUACCAAAGAAGAAAGGCCUAAUCUGUGUAAACUACUAGAAGAACGUUUGAUAGAACUUGGUUUAGAUGCGGAAACCUACGGUCCUUAUGUGGUUGGAAGCGAUGCAGAGGAGCUGCCAGAUGUGAUGGAGCUCUUAAAGGCUUCGAGUGAAGAGGAGGAGCUAGAGGAUAGUGUUUGGGAAACAUUUUCCCAGGAUGUCCUGAAAGCAAUUGAACAAGAUGAAACAUUUCAUCAAGAAAAGAAGAAUGCCAAAAAGUUGGAAGCACAGAAAAAAGAACAAGAACUCGCGGAAAAGAACAAGGCUGCCAUUAAAGAAGCCGAGCAACAACCAAAGCAGGCUGCUCCAAAGUCAUCACAAGUUGACGAUGCUCAAAAAAAGGCGCUCAUGCAACGUUUCGGAUAUGAAAUGCCAGAUGAGGAAGAGGAAGAGGUUGCUGGAGUGGUCACCAACAAACAAGCGGCAGCCGCGGCCAACGUGGAACGUACCCAAGAACUACGAAGCAAAAAGACAACAACCAAGAAGGAAGAACAGCAAAAGACCAAGGAGCAGAAGCAAUCCAAAGUACAACUCAAAGAAGAAAGACGUAAGAAAGCAAUAAAGGGAGAACGAAAGAGAUAG